CGUUCGAGAACAAUUCUAAUGUAAUUCCUGAAUCAGAAGGCGGGAUGUUGCCCGGAAUACGGGUAAGAGUUUAAGGUGUAAAAAGAGACCCAGCGCUAGCAGCUGCUUCCUUUGUAUUCAUGUGGAAUAUAAAGUGCAUAAAUCGAAGGAUCGAAGCAACUUGGGCUGGAAGGACGCAGAAAUCAUGACCGAAAAGGGGAUCCAUUUAGCGCGGUUACUGCACGCGGCUGUAAACGAGACGGAUGUCAGGAUGGUGGAUAAUUUACUACAGAGAGGAGCAGAACCCAACCUGGUGCUCGGUGAAGGCGUGGCUGCGGUGCAUCUGGCUGCAGGGAAGGAAUCUGAAAAAGGCCUCAGGUGCCUGAAGAUUCUCCUGCAGAACGGCGCUGAUCCAAACCUCAGGUCUGGUGAGGAUCUGACUCCGCUACACGUCGCAGCGUUAUGGGGUUGCUAUCAGAACCUCAAACUCCUGCUGAAGAAUGGAGGAGACCCGAGUCUGAGAGAUCAGACUGGAAAUAAGGCAGUGGAUUUGGCAGAACAGGAGGAAAACAAUAAAUGUGCCAGCAUUCUUCAGGAAUAUGAGUCUCGGACGCCCCAACAAGAAUACGAGGAUUUACCCAAAUUCCACUACUCGCUCUACUCAGGACACUCGAUGAGAGACUGCAGCAGGAACCUGACGCUGAUGAGCGAUUUCGCAGACGAGCCGCUCAGCAGCACUCGAUAUUCCUCGUUUUACAGGAAAUCCGAGACACGCCGGCCCACAGACCCUCACGAGUCCUGGCUGUCCGACGUCUCCGGUUUAAACGCACGUGACAGCGACGUGUUUAGAGAAGGCCUGGGAGGGUCUCAUGCUCCAGUUCUCUCCAGCACUCGCCUGUCGGGGGUGGAUUUUAAAAGGAGUCCGGAGGUUCUCCAGCCGGGUCGGUGUUUUACCCCGGGCCGGAAGAGCGUCACAUUCCGGGACUGCGACGAGUAUUUUCCAGAUUUGAUACCAAACAGCGAGGACACGAGUGAAUCCAGCAUUGAUUUCUCACUGUAUCCCGACUUCUUGAGCUCGGGGCGCAUGACUACUGUGAUGCAGAAUCAAGGGAUUGAUGUGACGUCUCCAGAUGACGUGUUUGUGUUCUGCAGAGAAGGAAACGCCAUGGAGGAUUUUGAGAAGACUGUAGUGGGAGGGCCGGCUGUGGGGGACGUGGAGGAGGACGAAGACGACGUAUUUGUGGAUAAAGUAGUGGAGGUAAAGCGUGACGCUGUGAGCAGUACCAGCGGGUCAAGUCAGUACAGCAGCUGCGACAGCGAGCCGUACAAGACCACCAUCGAGGUGCUGUUACCGUCUGAAAACAUCUCACCACCAGAUGGUUGGAUCAUAGACUCUGACAACGGGAGGAAGGAGGAACUUGUUUUGCAGCCACAAGCACCCGAUGAUCAGCUCGGUGCGAUUUCCUUCACUCCGAGUCCAUUUGUCACAGGCAGGACCCGGUCACGGCUCAGCCGCUGCUCCCAGAGGAACAGCACCUCGUCUUUUUCUGCCUCGUCUCUGUUCGAGCAGACGCUCCCUACUCCGACACGAACGCGCAGAGAUCUUACUCCAAAGGAGUCCAAAAGACGUCCCUCUGAAGAUGAUGGACUAACAGGCCUCAGUUCCCACAUGGGCAGUCUGUGCGUAUCUUCCCAGCUUCACGGAAGCCAAGCCGACACUCUGAUUAUUUCCGGAAGCAUGGCAGAUACCAUCAUCAUUCCAAGAGGUUCCGCUGACGAAAGUUCGGAACGUGAAACCUCAUCUUCGUCGUCCCGCCAAGAGGUGGACGUGUUUACCGAAGACAAGGAGUAUUUAACUUUAGAUGUUUCCACGUCGGGUGCAGAAAUACACAAGAAAGCCCAUUCUCAGCAUUCCUGCUCCAGCUCAGAGUCGAGCUCCAGUUUCAGUCAAAACCCAGAGGUUCAGUCCACCAGCUGCACCCCGAGAUACAGCAUGAGCCGAAUCUGCAACCGAUCCCAAACUCAAUCGCUCGCAAACCUGUCCUACACCCCUGGGGGACGUCCUCUCAUCACAGACAUGGACGAACCGGUGGAGUAUCUUUACACUGAUACAGAGGAGGGACAUGAGCUGAUCGAGACACACGUCCCUCCGAAAUCCAACACGUCUCUGAGCUCGUCCGUCAGCGAGGAGACCGUCAUCUACGACUGGCGCUCGUUACAGAACGCAGCCAAAAGUCCAGAGAAGGGGAAAGAAAACCGGUGUCCAAACGAGGUGCUGCAGAGACACAGUAGCUCAGAGACUGAAGGGUUAACAGACCGAGAGCUCAGGCGCAAACUGGUGGAAUUGGGAGAGGAACCCGGACCCAUCAAUCGGGACACGCGGCAUCUGUACAUCCAGAAAUUCAGAACACUGCAGAAGAAACACGUGAGUCAGAAAUCGGUGCAGGAUCAACCGGCGUCAGUCACCGGUUACAGUCCAGAGCUGAAUAACGCGUUGUGCUCCUUCCACCUGCCUGACUGUAAAGUGGACGAGUUUGCGUUGUGUGAGCAGUUCGAUCAGCCUGACCAGAAUAAACGCUGGCGUGAAGGAGUCAUAAAAUCCAGCUUCAACUACCUGUUACUCGACCCCAGAGUGACGAGGAAUCUGCCGUACCGCAGCCAGGCCAUGACUUCUCACGAGUGUUUCCAGACUUUCAUCAGCUCUAUUUUCUACGUGGGAAAGGGCAAACGUUCUCGACCGUACAGCCACCUGUAUGAAGCCCUGGAAUAUUUCAGUGGAGACAAAUCCUCUAAGAAGCUGUGCUCGAAGGUGCAGCACAUCCUGCAGGUGUGGAACUGCGGCCAUGGCGUGAUCUCGCUGCACUGCUUCCAGAACGUCAUUCCCGUGGAGGCGUACACACGCGAGGCCUGCAUGGUGGAUGCCAUCGGUCUGAAGAUGCUGACCAAUCAGAAGCGAGGAGAUUAUUAUGGGACGGUCUCCACUUGGCCUGCUAAGAGGCAGCGUAUGCUGGGGGUUCACCUGCUCUACAGAACCAUGCAGAUCUUCCUGGCUGAAGGAGAGAGGCAGCUCCGCCCGGCUGAUAUCAGACGAUGAUGUGGCACGCUGUCUGUCCCACGCUGAGCAUUACAGAGCACUUUUAUUCCGAUUAAUAAAUCAUGAAAUCAGGCACUAUACAGAUUUUAUUCCAUCAGUCAUCAAACACUGCCUCUUGUCCCCGUUCCCUCGAGUGCAUUAUUAUUACAUUAUGACUCAACAUAAGCAGUGCAUUAUGGGAAAUCCUCAUGGGAUAGAUUACUAUUUACUCCUGUAUGAUUUUAGACAUGAAAAUGAUAAAAAAGUGAAUGCAGUACAUUAUAAAGUCACAAAGUGAUUCUGAUUGGCUGAAAUAAGUACAAACACUAACACUGACUCUCGAACACCGCACCCUUCUGGGUUCAACACGACACGGUUUUGAUCUCUGACUGUAAACUGGUUGAAAGCUCUGGCACUAGAGACUUCUUCCAUAAAGGAGAAAAAACCCAACCGAAAAUGUAAACUAUAUACAGAAACCAUAACGAGUCGAAAUGAGGGCAUUAAUAUAAACCUUUUAAUGAUGAUUGGCAGCUGGACUUCUGCUGUAGCUACUGUAGACAAUCAGCACCUUCUCCAACAAUCAGAAUCCAGAAUUCAACAGAGACAUGGCGCAAUAGUGUUUAUUGUCUGAUGGAAUAAAAUAAGCAUCUGAACCAUUAUAUUUCAAUGAAUUUUAUUGGCCAAUACGCAACCAUAAUGUUACAGAUAGAAAAACUCUAAAAAGGACUGUGAUUUAAAAAAAAAAAAACUGGAAAAAAAUGCAAGCUGCUGUAUGAAGUAGAGUUAAAGAACAAAGUAAAGCCAAUAAUAUGAAUCAUUUUUGUGAAACAUACAAUAAAAAAUGACCAUUCAUUAAACACACACACACACACACACACACACACACACACACACACACACAGCUGUAGAGCUUUAGUUGGUCCUGUAGUGGUUUAGAUGUAGGCGUUGUGUUAGAAAUUCAUGGAAAGAAAACUUAACACCAGUUGUUUCUUAGUGUGAAAAUAAACCACUAGAAUUUGAAUGUAAAUAAAGACAAAUUUAUUAUCAUCGCA